AUGGGGCUGUUUCGAGUCGUAUUUUUUCUGUUCGCCGCGAGUGCAUUUGCGAAGCCUGCUCCGGAGUCGAAAAUCGGGAAGGAAAUUCCCUCCGACCGGAUUCGCAUCCCGCGUCACGUGAUCCCUCUCCGAUACGAGAUCCGGCUCUUGCCGAUUUUGGAUCCGGAUCGGGGCUUCCCGGUCGAGGGAUCCGAGAAUGUCACCAUCCAGUGCCUUCAGAGUGCCGGGAACGUCACGUUCCACAGCGUGGGAAUGGAAUUCCCUCGGUACCAAGUCUUCGACGCGGACUGGGAGGAGAUCCCGGUGGAAGACUUGCAGCGGGACCCGGACCGAGGCUUCGUCGUUCUCGUUCUCGGUCGAGAUCUAACCGCCGGGCAGGAAUACACGCUUUCCCUGGAUUUCACUUAUCCGCUGGACGAAGCAGCGGGAUUCUACCGAGCGUCUUACGUCGAGGACGGAACGACGAAAUACAUCGCCAUGACGGAUUUCGAGCCGACGGACGCCCGGAAAGCGUUCCCGUCGUUCGACGAGCCGGAUCUCAAGGCGAAUUACUCCAUCACGGUCGCGAGGGGAGAGGGACAGGUGGCGCUGUCGAACAUGCCGUCGGCGGGGACGUCCGACGUCGAGGGCCAGCCGGGAAUGGUGUGGGAAACGUUUCAGACGUCGGUGAAGAUGGCGACGUACACGGUGGCGUUUUCCGUGUCGGAGUUCGUGGAGACGUCGGGGGAGUCGUCGAUCGUGUCGGUCUGGGCGAGACGGGACUUGAGCGCCGGGGCGGGAUAUGCUCAGGACAUCGGAACGAAGAUGUUGGAUUACUUCGCGGAGUUGUACGGAGUGGGAUUCUCGUUGCCGAAGCUGGAUAUGAUCGCAUUGCCGCAAUUGGGGCCCGGAGCCAUGGAGAAUUGGGGCCUGGUGACGUACAGAGAGGAGCGACUGCUGCAAGACGUGAACGGCCCGACGUCGGCAUCCAGAAUGAUGGGGCUCGUUGCGAUCGUGGGUCACGAGCUGGCUCACAUGUGGUUUGGGAACCUGGUCACGACGAAGUGGUGGGACAACAUCUGGCUGAACGAGGGGUUUGCCUCCUACGUCGAAUAUUUGGGGAGCGCGGCCGUGGAACCGAAUUGGGGAUGGGAAAACCUCUACGUCAAUCUGGAUAUGAUCGGGGUCCUCUUCCUGGAUGCUCUCNAAGUUGCGGGCCGUUUUUUUUUUUUUUUUUUUUGCUCGAGCAGCCGGCUGGGAUUGGGGAUAAAUGCAAGCACGACCGUGUAG